AUGCGCAAUAUCGUAGAUCUUCCGUGGCAUUUGUUUGAGCUCAUCGUCGAGGAUGUUACCCAGCGCGACUGGAGGAUGCCCUUGAAUAGUAACAGGACGACAAUACGAGAUUUGAGACUGGUUUGCCGGCAAUGGGCAGACUGGUUAUAUGUUCAUCAUCUCUAUCGUACCUUGGCCUUCUCAGAUGCUCCUCGGGCGAUCGGCUUCAUCAACCAUAUCGCCAAUCGACCUGCCCAACUCCUCCGAGCAAGGUGCCAACACCUACACAUCUUCAAUAUCCUGACCUGGGGAGAUCCUGCACCCAUCAACAAUCGGGGAUUACCACGAGCAAUGAAGAGGAUCCCAGGAGAGGAGAUCACUGCGGAAAUCUUGGGAACUCUAAUCGAACUUUUCUCAGGCUCGAUCGUCAAACUUAAUCUCCGAUUCUGGAACAUCUUAUCACUCCCCACUCAAGUCGUCCAAAGCAUCGGCCAGAUAGAAAACCUAUGCGAGCUCCAACUGGGCCACGAAUUGCAGAUUCCUUCAACCCGCCCACGGCAGCUCGAUGACGACGAUGACAAUCCAAGCCCUCCAACCGACAUGGAUCCAGUCGAGUCUAAAAUCGAUCACGAUUGUCUCAAGUCUUUGCUUGUCGUAUCCCGGAAGCUCGAUUCACUGGAUUUAACCGACUUGGAUCCCAUCAAUCUACCACAGCCGAUCAUCGAAUCCAGAACUUUCUCUGGUCAUCAGAUUCCGACAAUCACUCGUCUGGAAGCCGGCUUAGAUGGGGAAAGUGUGUCUAGACUUAUCGAACUGUCGGUCUUCCUUAAACAGACUCUCAGAGUGCUUUCACUUAGCCAAAGAUGGCAAGGGGAUUACAGCGAAAAGCUUGUGCCUGUAUUCGAGAACCUGAGAGAGAACUUAGAGGGACUAUUCAUAAACGACGCGAAAUUCCUUGGACCACAAGUUCUCCAGCUCCACUUCCCAAGAUUACGGGUGUUCAAGACGGUCUUCUGGAAUGGACCGCUUGGUAACCUGUUGGAUCAGCCCAUGUUUUCUUCCGCCCCACUCGACCUACUUGCACUUCAAGCCAGUUUUUGCGAGCAGCAAUCGACCUCCGAUGAUCCUCGCUUGAAUCCGUUUUCAAACCUGCACAUCUUGAGACGACUAGUCUUUUGCGAUAUCCCGUCUGAUUGGGAGUGUCCUGCCACAUACCUAGAUCUAUGCAGGGCCAAAAAUAUUAUACCUGUCCAUCUGACCCCUGAAGAUAGUGAAAAUAUAUCCUUGAUCAUGGCUAGUUCUUCUCUCAUCUCAUCUAUUCUGACUGACUAG